UCUUCAAAGGACGGACACAUGAACCGGAACUAAUGAAGACACGCUGUGCACAGUUGCGAGCCUGUCGCGGAUUGCUAACUGCAGGUUCUUCACAAUGUCCGUUAAACUGAACGCAUUGGUUAGCGACUCCUACGUUGAUGUUAGUCAAUACAGAGACCAACAUUUUAAGGGUAACCGUUAUGAUCAGGAGAAGCUGCUGAAGCAGAGCCACACCCUCUAUGUUGGGAAUCUGUCCUUUUAUUCCACCGAGGACCAGGUACACGAGAUAUUUUCUAAAAGUGGGGACGUAAAGCGCAUCGUCAUCGGCCUGGAUAAAGUCAAGAAGACAGCCUGUGGAUUCUGCUUUGUAGAAUACUACACACGCACAGGUGCAGAAAAUGCUAUGCGCUUCAUUAAUGGCACUAGACUGGAUGACCGUAUCAUCAGGACGGACUGGGACGCCGGCUUUAAGGAGGGGCGCCAGUACGGCCGUGGAAAAUCAGGGGGACAGGUGAGAGAUGAGUACAGGCAGGACUACGACCCAGCCAGAGGUGGCUACGGUAAGCUGGCUCAGCAGCAUCGUCCCACAGAGGCUCGCAAUAGUUUUUAGACUGAACGUGGCCAAAGCAGUCGGCCUGGACUACACAGAGCCCCUCCCUCAGUCCUGGAUCAGAUGGAUUCUCCAACAAGGCCUCUACAUGCUAGCCCAGAUAUUCUGUCCCAGUGUGACUAUUAAAACUCUCCGGCAUUUCUGCAAGGACCAUUGGACCCCAGAAACUAGCAGCUGUUAUUUAUUUAUUCUGUUCUAGCGGUCUGUGUCUUUCAUACCUGCUCUUGCAUAUAGUGUGAUAGUUUUCAUAAUCUUCUGCAUUCAUUUGUAGAAUCGCUAGGCAACCGGAAGAGAACGUGGCAUCAGUAGCAUGCUGGUUUCUAUUUAUAGACAGAUUUUUGAUUGACAGUUAAUGUUUGAGGAAGCUGUGGUCUAAUGGGAUUCAUCAGUCAAUGUGGAGAGCUAAAGAAGCAGAGUGCAUUGGCCACAAUGUCAUCUCUGAACCCGCCCAGUUAGCGCCUGACAAUAAUGAGCUUUUUAUUGGCUGGAAAUGAUCUCGUACACCGGCUACUUGUGACGCUCUCCGGUCGUACCAAUUGUAUCUCAACCCCUAACUCCAGUCUUGCAUCCCAAGUUGCUAAUCUGACUCUAGGCCUUGAUAUCUGCUGCGGGCACCAAAGCGCUGCAACAAAAGCGCUGGACCCCAGAGGAUUAACUGUAUUCAGACUGAUUGUUCGCCUCUCAUAGACAUACCAUCAAAUCCCUUCAGGCUGGGAAAGGUUCUGAUAGCAUGUAGUGUCUCGGUUGAUGAUUUAUCAAAUAUCCAGACAAAGCGAUCAAGUGCACGUUCCCUGUCUGUUAAAAUGAUAAUAUGCUGAAAUAAUGGAUAGGAAGUAUUCUCUUAUCUUUAUGAUUUCUUUGAAUGAAACAUUUUCUUCAAUUGGGUAUACUUUUUUAAAUAAAGAUUCUUUUUAUUUUGUU